AUGGCGAAGGUUGGUUUCCAAGGUGGCAAUGAAGAAGGUUGGGAAAAACAUGACUCAGUACUUGGGAGACUUUCAGUUUGGGGUGGGGAUGUCAAACGGUGCAGAGGCGGUGCGAACAGUGCGAACAGGUUUCUCAACUCCUUUGAUGCUGCUGGUUCCUUAGCCUUGCUUACUGUGGACUUCUCGAAUGCGUUCAACACGGUUGACCGCACAACCUUCCUGAAAGAGGUUCAUCAACAUUGCCCGUCAAUCUAUCGAUGGGUUCAAUUCCUGUACGCCCAGCCUGCCCGGUUGUAUGUUGGUAAUGAGUGUAUUGGGGCUACUACUGGAGUGCAACAAGGGGAUCCCUUGGGGCCCCUUCUCUUUUCUCUUGCCUUACACCCACUCAUUCUCAGGGUGCAGGACCGAUGUAACCUCCCGUUUCAUGCUUGGUACUUGGAUGAUGGGACGAUUAUUGGCAAUGCGACGGAGGUUGCUAGGGCCUUAGACAUUAUUAACGAGGAAGGGCCAUCCCUAGGACUUUACCUCAACAUUAAGAAAACGGAGGUAUAUUGGCCGACAUAUGAUGGGCAGAAACUUCAGGACGGGCUUUUCCCGAAAGGGAUUGGCAGACCAGAGAGGGGGGUUAAGCUGCUGGGUGGAGCUGUUAGCCGUGACCCUAGCUUCGUUGGCGAGUUGGCAGGGCGGCGGGCGACGGGGGCGGUUGAACUCAUGAAACUCUUGCCACGCCUUAGGGACCCUCAAUGUGAACUCCUUCUGCUAAGAUCGUGCAUGGGAGUUGCUAAGUUACUUUUCGGGCUGCGAACUUGUCAACCUUAUUUGAUGGAGGAUGCAUUAUCCCGGUUCGAUGAUGGCCUCCGAGAGGCUAUAGAAGACAUAGUCGUAGGUGGUGGCCCAUUCUUUGGGGACCUCCAAUGGCGUUUGGCAUCCCUGCCAAUGCGUCUAGGUGGUUUGGGUCUGCUCUCAGCUCGAGAUGUCGGGGUUUAUGCUUUUGUGGCGUCCAGAGCUCAGUCUUGGGAAUUACAGGAUCAUAUCCUUCGGAACAGUGGGGUUGUUGAGCUCGACGUGGACUAUCUGCAGGCGCUUGAACGCUUAAAUGUCUAUCUCCCAGACUUUGAUAUCGGCGGUUUCUCUAAAAAGGACACCGCCCCCUCGAAACCACAAACAACUUUGGCGAAUGCUCUGUUUAGCAAAAUCGCUCAAAGACUGGGAGAAAAUUCUGAUUUGUCACCUCGCCAAAGGGCGGUGUGGGAGUGCCUGAAGGGUCCCCAUGCUCAGGAUUUUCUGACCGUUAUCCCAAUUAAGGGGCUGGGACAAUGUAUGUCAGCAGUAGAAUACAGAGCAAUCCUUAAAUACCGGCUGAUGAUCCCUAUGUAUCCAGAAGAUGAAACGUGCCCAAUAUGCCGUAAAGCUUGUAUGGAUAAAUACGGAGAGCACGCAGUGCAUUGUAAAGAGCUCCCUGGGUUCAAAUAUCGGCAUGACUGGGUACGAGAUGUUUUGUGGGACAUCCUGAGAAGAGCUGGGAUUUCAGCUAAGAAAGAGGCUCCUGUGAAUUUCCUUACGGACCCCAUGGAAGGGAGAUCUACUCUGCGACCAGCAGAUCUGCUCGUUUUUGGUUGGGCUAGGGGGAAACACGCUUGUGUUGACCUCACGGGGGUUUCCCAUCUGGUUGGCUUAAGGGAAAACAGGUUUGUAGCUGGUCAAGCAGCUAGAAAGGCAGAAUCGAAGAAAGUUGACAAGCACGCUAAAGCUUGUGCAGAGAACCAGCAUGUUUUUGUCCCUUUUGCCUUUGACACAUUUGGCUCUCUAGCGCCAGAAGCUAUCCAAUUCCUAACCAGGGUCCAACGGGUCAUCCACAACAAUUGCUCGGCACCAAGGGGACGAGAUUUUGUCUUUGGCAGAUUAGGGUUUGCCAUUCAGAAAGGGGUGGCGACGCAGCUUGUUGCCCGUCUACCUUUUGUUUUAAUGUAA